AUAGGCUGCAAGCGCACAUCUUCAGUAUCGAGCUAAUAUUCGUAAUAUCAACACGUAAUAAAUAUACCUACGUCUAUCAUCAUGAAGUUUUUGAUCAUUCUGGCUAUGUUUGUUGCCGCUGCCUUUACUGCUCCGGUGUAUCCAGCCAUCCCCGGAGAGCCCUGUCUCAUCCAUCCGGCUCCAGUUACUUAUGACGCAUAUCCCGAAGCUUGGAAUCAAGCAGUUGUACCUCAAAUCGGCUACAACUUGCUUGCUGCUCCCAGUCAUCAGGCCUCCGCCUUCGCCUCAGCCCAAUACGUUGCUGCUCCUGCCUAUCCGUCGUACAUCCAGGCUGCUCCCCAAGUUCAGCAGUAUGUUCACGCCUUCCCCAUUGCCAGUCCGUACGUUCAGGCUGUUUCAUACGAUUUGGUUCCCAAUGUUGAAGUAGUUACCAUUGCCGUUUCUGAACCUGAACCUGUCACAACACCCGCUCCUACCCCUGCCCCAACACCCGCUCCUACUCCAGCCCCGACACCUGCUCCUACCCCUGCCCCAACACCCGCUCCUACCCCUGCCCCAACACCCGCUCCGGUUCCCGUUGUUUUUAUCCCUGCUCCCAUCCAAGUUCUUGCUCCCGCUCCCGCCCCAGUGCCCUGCCCCGAACCUGCUCCUGCAGUCCCCGCUCCGGCUCCCAUUCCCGUUCCGGUUCCAGCCCCGACUCCAGUUGCUGCACCUGCCCCCGUUGCCCCAGCAGUAGUCGUCUUGCGUCCUUAUGACUCUCGGGAAUCUAUUGAAACUCCCGAUUCUCGUGAAUCUAGCGAAGAUAAAUAAUAAUUAUUAGUUUCUUUUUAACAUUAUUGGCGCUACUAUCUUGAAAUGUCAUAACCGGCAAAAUUUCCUUCCAGUUGUCUUAAAAGUCGUAACAUUUUUUGGGUUUUUUUUUUCAAAUGUUAGAAAAUGGUUGUCUCAUACUGGCUCAAAUGGUUCUUUUUCCCUCCAAUUUCAAUGGUUUGAUAUGUAUUAUGUAAACUGUAUUAUAGGGAAAAGGUACUUUCUCAUGAUUCCUUAAUAAAAUUAAUGAAGUGUG